AUCUGAUACAACAAAACAUUCUACUGAUAGCCAAUCCUGCCAGCAGAGAGAGCCUGGCAAAGAAGCCAUUACAAUUGCGGGCAGAAUAUUGUCAGUUUAUCAAGUAACAGAGUUUCGGAUUUGCCGUGUCCAUGACCCUGGCUAAGUAAUACUGAAAUUGAUUGGAAGUCGCAGGACUGUACAAAAGUGAAGUCGGGGAGAGGAGGCGACGAACAGGAACAAAAAAAUAACAAAGAUGGCUGUGUAGUCACAGAGACUGCUCCUAAGCGAAAUAUAUACAUUUCUGCUGCUUCAAAUCACUGACACUUUCCGGUGGUCCCGUGGACAGUCAGCUGGUACCAGGAAAAAAACGAUAGCAGAGCUGCCGAACCGGGUCAGUGGUAAACGGCAGCAUAUGCUCUGUCACUGCAAAUAACGGCUUCGACAGUACAACAACAGCUGAGUGACGCGCCUCGGUUGUUUUGUUCUGGGCAGGACUGUAAAGUGUUUUUUCGAGAUAGCUACGGCUAGUAAGCUUGCUUUACUGUUCGGUAAAGGUGGUAGAAUCAACUGCAUUUAGAGGUAAAUGUAUAUGUUUUUGGACACACCAACAACAGUUUUAUGUUUAAUGAAUUCGUCAUGUUCAUUGUUGCUAAAGAAUAAUUGCAAGUUUGACCUAGCGUGCUAGCCUUUGGCCCCACUGCCUAACUGCUUGUUAUUAGCUAGGCUAGUUAGCUUGCUAGGUAGCUGACCGUUGGACUAGCUACUUAGCCUAGACUGGUUGAAAGCUAACAUUAACUGUCAGCUAUAAUUUCGGCCUCAGUCUGGUCGCGACAGGUACAUUUCGGCUAACGCCAGACAAUCACCACUAUGUCCUCACUGGAAGAGCGUGGAGAGGUAGGCGUUGCGGCCGCUCCUGGCUCCUCCUCGGCCGGACUGGGGGUUGGGGCCGUGGGGGCAGCGCUGGAAGCAGUCGCUGGGGGUAUGGCGAUGCAAGAGGAGGUCGCGAUCCGGAGAGAGGGGACAGAGUCUGAUCAGGAUGAACCACCCAAGAAGCGAAUGAGACUGCCCGAGGGAGAGUCUGGGAAGCUAGAGGAAAGACUUUACUCCGUACUGUGUUGCACCGUGUGCCUUGAUCUCCCCAAGGCAUCUGUAUAUCAGUGCACCAACGGACACCUGAUGUGCGCUGGAUGCUUCAUCCACCUACUGGCUGACUCCCGUCUGAAGGAGGAGCAGGCCACUUGUCCCAACUGCAGGUGUGAGAUCAGUAAGAGCCUGUGCUGUAGGAACCUGGCUGUGGAGAAGGCGGUGAGCGAGCUGCCUACAGACUGCACCUUCUGUCUAAAACAGUUCCCCCGCUCCAGCAUGGAGAGGCACCAGAAGGAGGAGUGUCAAGACAGGUACACAUACUCGCUCAUGCGCACGGUGACGCAGUGCAAGUACAAGCGAAUUGGCUGCCCGUGGCAGGGGCCGUUCCACGAGCUGCCGGCUCACGAGGGCGAGUGCUGCCACCCGACCAAGACAGGCAGCGAGCUGAUGGGCAUCCUGGGAGAGAUGGACCAGAACCACCGCAGAGAGCUCCAGCUCUACAACAGCAUCUUCAGCCUGCUCUGCUAUGAGAAGAUCGGCUUUACAGAGGUCCAGUUCAGGCCAUAUCGUACAGAUGACUUCAUCACCCGUCUGUACUACGAGACCCCACGCUUCACGGUCCUCAACCAGACCUGGGUGCUGAAGGCCCGCGUCAACGACUCCGAACGCAACCCCAACCUGUCCUGCAAGCGCACCCUCUCCUUCCAGCUCAUCCUCAAGAGCAAGGUGAACUCUGCUCUGGAGUGUUCCUUCCUGCUGUUGAAGGGGCCGUACGACGACGUCCGGAUCAAGCCCGUCAUCCACCAUCACGCCUUCAGCAAUGACACCAACGAGACGGAGUACGUCCCCCUGCCCAUCUCCGACUCGGUGGAGUGCAACAAACUGCUGGCUGCCAAAAACAUCAACCUGCGCCUCUUCAUCUUCCAGAUCCAGAAAUAGGAUGGAGGGGAGGAUAGGAGGUGGGAGGAGGUGAAGGAGGUGGAGGAGGAGGGGGGAGACGGGAGAGAUUGAGUAUUGGGUGGAGGUGGAGUGGAGGGGUGCAUCGUUUGAGCAGUUAUGAUCUUGCAGUUGUGGGUCCUGUGCUGUUAACUGCCGGCUGCAGCAUCUGAUAGGCCAAGCAGGAGUGGUGAUAAAGAAAGAGAUGACGAGGGGAGAAGAGGGAGAGAGUGCAGAAGGAGAUUAGAAAGACACCACUGAACCACUGAUACCUCUUUCCACAUACACACUUUCUUUCACACACAUUACCAGACAUCGUACACACACACACACCAUUGAAUGAUAUUUACCUCCCUUGCUGAAGAAUCCUGCAAUUCUGUCAAGUGUUGGCACGACAGAGAUGGAGGCGGGGGGGGGGGGGGGGGGGUGAAUGAGGGGUGGUUGCUAGUCGCUGGGUGUUGUGGAGAUUUUCAGAGCUCAGUCUAUCUGACAUGUCACCCCUGAUUCCCACAGCCAAUGGUAGCACAGACCAACCAAAGCUGUGUGUGUGUGUGUGUGUCGAACGAUGGUGUCAAUUCCGAGAGUUUGGAGGAUGACUAUUGAAGUGAAUGGUCUGGAUCCCUCAAACUGUGUGCAGAAGAGGAAGUAUGUGUGUGUGUUUGUGCGGGCAUGCGUGUGUGUGUUCCAAAGAUCAGAAUGUGAAAGCUUUGUGGUCCAUUAUUCCUGAACUCUGUUGAUCACUCAGUGAACAGUUUUAUAGAGUAGUGGAGAAGUGUUGGGUGUGUUUUGUGUUUCUGGCCCUGAUGAACGCUGGUCCCAGACUAUCAGACAAGCUAGGUUAACUGCUUCCACUCUGUUUUGGCAAAGGCAUCCAUUUUGUUUCCCGGAUUAGGCUAGAGCAGAACUAAGAUGGUGGCAUUUCCCCAUUGACCCCUCACCUGACGGGCACAGGACAUCUGGCCUGCAUGCAUGUUAUAGGAAUUACUUUAUUCUAUUUUAGUUGUGGUUAUAUUUAACCUUUUAAGCUAACUUAUACCAUUUGUUUUCUUUUUAACCCCAAAAUAUUUAAGUACCUGUGAACCUUUUUUUAGUUCUUAGUGUGUGGCGGGUUUGAGUGUGAGUGUGUUGUUGUUUACGUCUGUGUGUAUGAGCGUGCAUGCACGCAUGUCAAGGGCCCUCCAGUGAACACACCCCUAUAUAAACAUAUAAACAGUAUAUCUCAUUGGUCCUGGGCCAGGUUGCACCUAGAAUCAUCCAGAACCAUAGAACCUGGACCCAUGGGGAGGAGGAGGAGGGGGGGG